CGAACUUCAGUCUGUCGUCUCAUUUGGUGCGUGUGCGGUGCGGAGUUAAGUGCGAGCGAGCCUUUUAAAGCGUUACAGAGCACCGCAGCUCGUUACGUCCAAAUAUUUCCGGCGCGAAAACAAAGAACGGACAUGACGCGGGACGCGAACCUGUCCGGCCGCGGGGCCGACGACGUGGCGACCUUCUUCGCGGGCCGGAGCGCGCUCAUCACGGGGGCCACGGGCUUCAUGGGCAAGGUGCUCGUCGAGAAGCUGCUCCGCGAGUGCCCCGGCCUGGACACGCUGUACGCCGUCAUCCGCCACAAGCGCGGCAAGACCCCCGCCGACCGGCUGGCCGAGUACGUCGGGUCGCAGGCCUUUGACCGUCUGCGCCGCGAGGGCCUGGGCGGCCGCCUGGAGCGGCUGGUGGCCGUGUCCGGCGACGUGUCCUCGCCGGGACUCGGCCUCUCCGGGGACGACGCCGCGCUGCUGGGCGCCAGGGUGUCCGUCGUGUUCCACUGCGCCGCCAACGUGCGCUUCGACCUGACCCUGGCGGAGGCCGUGAGCCUCAACACGGUGGGCACCAGGAACGUGCUGCAGUUCGCCAAGACCAUCCAACGCCUGGACGCGUUCAUCCACGUGUCCACCGCCUACUGCCACUGCGAGGAGGAGGUGCUGGAGGAGCGCACCUACAUGACCGACGCCAACCCCGAGAAGGUCAUCGACAUGGUGCAGUGGGUGAACCCCGCCGCGCUGGCCGACAUCACACCCAAGCUGAUUGGUUCGCUGCCCAACACAUACGCCUACUCGAAGGGCCUCUCGGAGCAGCUCGUCACGUCGUUCAGCGACCAGCUGCCCAUCGGCAUCGCCCGCCCCUCCAUCGUGAUGCCUGCGUGGCAGGAGCCCAUGCCUGGCUGGGUCGACAACCUGAACGGGCCCUCCGGCCUGCUCGUGGCCGCCGCCAAGGGCGUGGUGCGCUCCAUGCACUGCAAGGAGCACUACCUGGCCGACCUCAUGCCCGUCGACAUCGUCAUCAACUCCAUCAUCACCCUGGCCUGGAAGGUCGGCCGAACUCGCCCGACCCAGCCCCUGGUGGUGAACAUCUGCGAGUCCGGCGACAACCCCAUCACGUGGGGCGGCAUGCUGGAGAUGUGCAAGAAGGAGUCGCGGGUGACGCCCUCCGAGGGCGCAGUGUGGUACCCGGACGGCUCCAUCAAGGACUCGCGCUGGCAGCACGUACUGUGCGUCGUGUUCUUCCACUUCCUCCCCGCCUACUUCAUCGACCUCAUGAUGCUGCUCACCGGCAACCGCACCUUCAUGGUCCGCCUGCAGCGCCGGAUACAGGGCGGUCUGCAGAUCCUCCACUACUACACGACCCGGAAGUGGCACUUCCGGAACGACAGCCUGAAAGCUCUCGCAGCCGAGCUCAGCCCGGAGGACCGAAAGCGCUUCCAGAUGGACGUGCGUACCGUAGACUGGCCGACCUACUUCCGGAACUACGUUUCCGGUGUGCGUAACUUUGUGCUCCACGAGGACCCCGACGCCACCAAGGCAGUUCGUCACCACCAGAGGCUGUACGUGCUACACCGGGUGACGGUCACCGCCUUCUACGCCCUGCUGGCCUGGCUGGUGUGGUCUGUCGCCUCCUCCGUUGCCUCCUCCAACCCCAGUCGGUGGUUCAGCGCGUCGCUAGGGGCCAACCCCAUCAGCGCGCCCAUCUAAUACGGAUAGGCUCCUAUCUCUGCUGACGGCGACGAACUACGCGACUUUUUGGUGGGGAGCAAACCUGCCACUCAAAGUCUCCUGGUUUGCCGCCGGUGCCCGGUCGACGUAGCGUGCGGGGCGUACGUCGACGCAGAACGUAAUACUAAGCUUAAAUGCAACGUUACAAGGCAGAUCGAAUGCUAAAGCCUCUGGGGUUGUAUACGCAAAAUAUUUCAUUGUAUUAAGGAGAGGAAUGCCUCCAAGACUUAAACACUCAAAACCACUGAACUUCACGUUAGAUGCGACGAGAAGAGUAAAAGUGGGUCUGCUCAAUGGGGAUUUGCACAUUCUCGUAGUCUUAAACAAUUUUGAUCUUAUUUAAUGUAUUUUUAAUUUAUCAUAAUAUAAUAUGUAAUUUGAUGUAGCAAUUUUAUGUGAUGACGAUGAUGGUGCACGAUGGUGUACAAUUGAUUAAUGUCUGUGAUCAUUGUGUUUAUGUGUUUCGUACAUUUCUUGUAUGCGUAAGAACGUUAUACCUCUCUUGUAAAUAACACCCAUGUUUUUCAAGGCUCGCGCCUCUCUGUGUUAUCCUCCACUCUUGUGUGUAGUUACUGAAAAUGUGGCGGUACCUACGCACCGGCUGACCUCACAACGAAUGUACUGACGUCGUAGGGACUAAUAAAAUCGAGUAUCGAAACAACA